AGUAGUAGUACGAAACAAAACGAAACGUUAUCAAAACAAAAUAUCCAUUCCAUUGCAUUCUACAAAAACUUCAUUGCGGCGUUGAAAUUGAAAAAAAAAAAAAUGCAACAAGGAAACCAAAACGCAAUGACAGUGAAGAAGGGUUUACCGAAACAACUUCAGAACCCAAUCGAACAAAUUCAAGCACGCUACAAUCACUUCAACGAUGCCUUCAAGGUUUGGCUCGCUAAACAGACCAUCGCCGUCGAAACCGCCGUCGUUACCACCGCCAGCGCCGCUCAAGGUGCUGCAAUUGGAGCUUUCAUGAGUACUCUUUCCCCUGAUAAACCUUCCGCUUUUCCUAUUCCACCGCCCAACGCUAAUCUUAACCCUCAAGCCAUGGCCUCUCUCAAACAAGCACAGGCACUUUCUGGAGGUCCUUUGAUUCAGGCUCGUAAUUUUGCUGUUAUGACUGGAGUUAAUGCUGGUAUUUCUUGUGUCUUGAGAAGGUUAAGAGGAAAGGAAGAUGUUCAAUCUAGCAUGGCGGCAGCUUUUGGUUCCGGGGUCAUGUUUUCAUUGGUAAGUGGAAUGGGUGGAGCAAAUGCAGUCACAUCUGGAGUAUUCUUUGCAGUUGUUCAAGGUGGGCUUUUCCAGGUAGGACAAAAAUUCUCUCAACCAGCUGCUGAAGAUAUUAACUAUGCUAAAACAAGAAGCAUGUUGAAUAACCUUGGUCUUCAGAAUUACGAAAAGAAUUUUAAGAAAGGCUUAUUAUCAGACAACACUUUGCCUCUACUCAAUGACAGCGCUCUCAGAGAUGUGAAAAUUCCUCCUGGUCCCAGGCUUUUGAUUCUUGAUCAAAUCCAGAGGGAGCAUGAUUUGAGAGAGAAGCACGGAAGCCGCCGUUAGCUCACAUGCAUAGUCGCUCCUACCUCCAAACUAUAAGUGGUGAACUGCAUAGUAUAGGGAGUUUGCAUCGCAAAUGAAUUUUGUCAUUUUUUGUUUAUUAUGCUUUAUGUUCAAUUGUUGUUGCAAUUUGCUUGAUAAAAUUUGGUUAAUUAGUAGUAAGAUAGUUUGGUUUCCUUGAAUCGCAAACAGGUUCAAAUUAAAUUGGAGCAUGAAACUUUAAAUAAGAAAAGUCAUUGCUUUUCGGAAGAAUUAUUAAUGAUUAUGCGUGAGUUCUGUCAAUGACAUAAA